UGGAGUGGACGGUCUGCAGCUGCCCCGGCCUUUCAGGGACAUGGCAGCCGAGCUGUCCUCCGAUUUUAUUUCUCUGCUCGAUUUUCUUUCUCUGCUCGGUGGUCAACUGGGAACUCCCGACGGGGGGAGGGCUGUGAACUCCGAUUGUUUAGUCGCAAGCGCCUCUUGUGCUGGGGUCAGAGACAGGCCUCAGCACAGAGGUGAUUUAUUCAGGAGCCUUUUAAAAAUAAUCUAGACAACACCGUGGGGAGGGCAUCUGGCUGUAUUUUACUUAUGAAAAAAAUCCGGGCGCCUCCCGAGGUACCGAGGCCAGUCAUUUCCUUUUGGCAUCAAGCAUCUCAGCGCAAGAUGACGGAAUUGAACCAUCUACUUGAGGCUAAGCCCUGCUCACCUUUGUCCUUGAGGGCUGCCUCUGCGCUCCCGGCGCCAGCAAACGAUGUUAUAAACCCCCGUGCAAAUUUCGUUGCAGGGCACAGCGCGUCAGACCUUCAAGUACUUUGUGCCAAAUCAUUCCCGCUUGCCACAUGAGUCUAAAUCAUGACGGAUGCCAAGUAUGUCCUCUGCAGAUGGAAAAAGCGAUCAUGGCCUGCAAAGGUUUUGGCCAGACCUAAGGCGUCAACAAAAGAUAAGAGAAAAAAGGAAUUUUUUCUAAAUGUUCAAAUACUCUCCGUAGACAAAAUAAUUCGGGUGAAAAGCACGCAAGUCGAGAUCCUGAAGAAGUCUCACAUUGACGAGAUUGCUGACUUAUUAGGCUCAAAGAAUGAGGUUCACGAGGACCCCCUGGAGGAGCUGACCUACAGACGGUCGCUUCGAGUGGCUCUGGAUGUUUUGAACGAGGGAACCAAUUCUUGUCAAGAAAGCUCUUCAAGGGAAGAAAGAACUGCUGUGUCUCCAAGAGAGCAGCCCAAGGAACUGGCCUCCUCGCUCUGUGAUCCCAACUCUUCAUCUUUUCUCCUCAAAGGCAUGUCAGGCAGUUGUGGACCUGAGAGGAGGAAACGUGUAGACCAAAGGCUAUCAGGUUCACCCGCUUGUGAAAAGGACCCCCAGUGCAAAGUGGACCACAAGAAGUGGUUUGGGAAAAGUGAAAUCCCACGAGCCCUGGUGGUCUCCGCAGCCGCAGGUGGUUCUCAGGAUGGUAGUGGAUCAAGAAUACACCAGGAAGAUCGGAAGACCCCAAGUAAAAGGGGAAGAAAUUCGACACAGGAGCCCAGCUUGUGUCAGAAUGCACGUUUACUUUCAGAGGGAGAUCCUGAAAAAGAGAGGAAGAUAAAAGCAGGCAGCCCGUCGGCCCCUCGCUCGCCUCCUAGAAUUGAGGAGGGUCUGAAGGCUGAAGGGCGAGACCCAGGUCUGCCUUUGGGUGGCCCCACUCUGCUCCUGGCCCCGGGGUGCCCGGAUGCCCGAGGCUGCCCCUCCAAGGAGCUGUGCCCAGACGGCAGCCAGCGGCCAGGGCCAAAGGGACGCAUGACUCUGCGCAGUGCUGCCAAACUCGGCCCACCUCCCCUGCAGUUCCCCGCAGAGGAAACAAGCAAUUUUCACCUCCUGGAGGAAGACCGUCAGUCCUCUGAAGAGUCAGUGGAGUUUAAUUCCAUUAAUUCUCUCCUGGAGGCAGAGGAGGAAGAUGAGGAGCCACCACGAAUCCUUUUAUACCAUGAACCACGCUCAUUUGAAGUGGGAAUGCUAGUCUGGCUUAAAUACCAAAAGUACCCCUUCUGGCCGGCGGUGGUCAAGAGCGUCCGGCGAAGAGAGAAGAAAGCAAGCGUGCUUUUUAUUGAAGGGAACAUGAACCCAAAAGGGAAAGGUAUCACCGUGUGUCUUAAAAGACUGAAGCACUUCGACUGUAAAGAGAAGCACGCUCUGCUGAAUGAAGCCAAGGAGGACUUCGACCAGGCCAUCGGCUGGUGUGUCUCCCUGAUCACCGACUACAGGGUCCGGCUCGGCUGUGGUUCUUUUGCCGGCUCUUUCCUGGAAUAUUAUGCGGCCGAUAUAAGCUAUCCCGUCCGCAAGUCCAUCCAGCAGGAUGUGUUGGGGACCACGUUCCCUCAGCUGAGCAAAGGGGACCCGAGGGAGCCUGAGGCGGGGAGCCCCCAGGGCCGGAGGCAGCCGCGCAGGAAGGUCCUCCCUGACCGGUCGCGGGCCGCCCGGGACCGGGCCAACCAGAAGCUGGUGGAGUACAUCGUGAAGGCGAGGGGCACCGAGAGCCACCUGCGGGCCAUCCUGAAGAACAGGAAGCCGUCCAGGUGGCUGAAGACGUUUCUGAACUCCAGUCAGUACGUGACCUGCGUGGAGACGUACCUGGAGGACGAGGAACAGCUGGACCUGGUGGUGAAGUACUUACAAGGAGUCUUCCAGGAGGCGGGCAGCAGGAUGCUGACACGGAUCAGCGGCGAUAGGAUCCGCUUCAUCCUGGAUGUCCUUCUGCCCGAGGCCAUCAUCUGUGCAAUUUCUGCAGUCGACGAGGUGGAUUACAAGACGGCCGAGGAGAAGUACAUAAAAGGACCUUCACUCAGCUACCGGGAAAAAGAAAUAUUUGAUAACCAGCUCCUAGAGGAAAGGAAUCGGCGAUGCUGACACCGGAGGAGGCUGCGCCCGCGUGAACACGCCGUCUGCCGGUAGUAAGCGCUGCCGGUGCCCCGGUCUCCGGCCAAGAGCACCUUCUGGAAGUUGGGGACUGGGGGUGUGUUUCCACGGCUCUGAGAAGUCGAUUUCGUGAACACGCCAAGACCCGGUUCUCUUUUCCUGGCUCUUUUGGGAAAGUACAGUUCCCAAAAAACCCGAAGGUUUUUCAAAGGACAAACGUGCAUUUUAUUUUGUUUUAUAUCAUUACUUGUGACUGUAUCAUAUAGUUUAAUAUAAGGUACACGUGUUAUUUUGUGUUAAAAAGCAGCGUAUCUGAUAUUAAACAGGCGUUUGAGAGAGGAGUCUGAUGUGAAUGACAGCUCCAGGAGCGUCAGUGUAUUUUUCGUGGUUUCCUCUCGAUGGUUCCUAAAUUUGCGCUGCCCGUCUUAACGUUUGUGAAGAAAACUGGUGUUUGUAGGAGACAGAACAGAAGACAAGCUGCCCUCAGGUUUUAGCGUUUGCUAUGAUUGCUUGUGCAGGAGGACAUGGACGUCAGUGGCUCCAGUGGCCUUUCUCCGCUCCGUCCUGUGUGGGGACCCCGCAGACGCCCCGUCCCGCCUAGGUUUCCGUGCACAGCCGCGUCUCUCCUGGCGCCAGCGUUGUCACCACCCAGCCAGCCCCUGCAGUCUUGGUCAUCUGCCCGGAUAGCUGUGACGAUCCCGCAUGCCCGCCGCUGCCACCGGGGGCAGCCGACAUCACUGUGUGGCCGUGGAGUCGCAGCAUAGGGGACACGAGCUCAUCGCCUGGGCCUGGCGUCUGCAGAAACGAGGCCAUUUUCUGGAAGGCAGGCUUGAGUUCCCGCCCAGGGCACAGAAGGCAGGUCUCCGCCGGUGAGUCGCCCGACGCCCGAGGGUCCCCAGCUUGGGCUCCUUGGAGUCAGCCAUGUGGAGGCCCGUGACUCAGUUUUCCUCAGCCAGUCCUCAAACACGGUCAUAGAAAGUCUAAGUCAGAGCCACACGCCACUGAAUUAUUCUAAGCUGAUGCGAGACUGUAUGUGGAAGUAAACAUUGGAGAGGUUCAUUUUGAGAGCCUGUCCCGUCUUCUCCACCCUGGCUGCGUUGUCACGCCUGGCAGGGGUGGUGGCCCCACUGUAACGACUGGCAGCUGCGUGUGAGGAGGGACGGGGUCCCCUCACCUGACAGCCGGCACCACAGAGGAAAGUUGGAGUGAGAUUCUCAUGGGACGUGGUGGGGGCACGUGAGCCCCAAGAGGCUGGUGUCUGAACAGGAAGACACCGCAGAGACAUCUCCGGUUGGUUCGAGACUGAGAUGUUCCAGAGACGGCGUGCUGACCUCGUUGCCCAGAACCCCGCAGGCCAUCUUCGUCCUAGUUGAUUUUGCUCAAAUCGAAGAGCAGAGCAUCCAGGCACGCCCGGCCCUGGCGGUUCUGCCUCCGACCCUCCCGGCUUGGCCCUCAGGGUGUCCCAUCUGGGGCCCAGGCUCGGGAGGGAGGGGCUGGAGGCGCUGCGGUGGAGGCCGCUCCCCAUGGCUGGCCAUGUGCAGAGCCGAAACCACAGAGGGACGAUGGUUCCUCACCCGACGGAAAGGCCCCUGAUGCCGCGUAGCCCGAAGCCUCAAUGCGCCAGUCUGGUUGGCACCUGGCCCUGCUCUGGUCACUCUUCCUGGGACACAGAGAGAGGGCCCCAUCCCCAAGGAGGAUGGCCCUAUUGGCGUCGCCAAAAUGGCCUUGCUUCCUUCCAGAAAAGUCCGACUGCACUGUCCACCAACAGCAACCCUCAUUGAAAGUGGUCGGUAGCGCGAGCAACGUCCGCCUUACAAACAUGAGGGAUGUUCUCGUGGGUCGUGGGUUAGAAACAUCCAUGAGGUUUUGUGGAAACCCAGUGGUUCGUGUGGGAAUAUUCCAUUGUUGUGAAGUAUUUUUAUAUCUGUUUCUUUGCUAAUCUUUGCCGUGUUCCUAAGCUUUGAUUGUGGAAUUGAACUAUUCAGGCUGGAAUUAAAUGUCGUUUUGGA